UGUUUUGGGAGUGCGUCACGAGAUCGAGAGAUCAUUCUGGUUGUUAGCUGUCAAACAAAAUCUUGUCAAGCUACGAAUGCUAAUUAUCUAAUUGGCCGAUCGAUUCGCCGUACCGUCUAACAAAAUUAAAAUUAAUAAUUCUGUCGGUAAAGGAUGGAAAAGCAGACACUAACGCCUGCAGGUGACAAACCACCGUCUUACACCGCUGCCACUGCUCCCACAAUAAACCCUUCGUGGCAACCACCUCCUGGGUACAAUUCCACACAGUGUGGAUCAUCCGCUUCAUGGCCUCCACCUCCAGGGUACUAUCCAAAUACAGGUGCAAGUAAUAGUUGCAACAACAUACCAUCUUAUGGUUCUACACAGUCGACUACAAUACUUGUACCUGAUAUCAUUUUAGUUGGCACUUGUCCAGCUUGUAGAGUGGGCAUAUUGGAAGACGAUUAUACGUGCCUUGGACUACUAUGUGCGAUUUUGUUCUUUCCACUCGGGCUAAUUUGCUGCAUGAUGUUAAAAUCACGACGUUGCUCGAACUGCGGUGCCUACUUCGGUUGAUACAAUGUGAUUAGAGUAAUAUAAUAGUUAUAAAGCUGAGAAUAAAUACAUUAUUAAGCUGAUAUCCACACAGAUAGUGAAAUAUAAGAACAGAUAUGUUAAAGGAACUUCUAA